GAAAGCUUGACGAGCGCGACGCCCGCGCCACAAUGCUUGAAUCCUUAUGAUUUUCUGCUCCUGCAAAUAUCGAUUUUCAAGUCCAAGAUCACGAUCACGGUCGAAACAAGAAUUUAGUGAAGAAACCCGGGAAGAAGAAGAAGUACCAUUUAAAGUGCCAUACGUUUCACCGGAGCCUAUUCCUGUAUGCAAGUGUUUAAGAGAUGACGAAUCUUCGGAAAAAGUAGAAAUAUCAUUUAGAAAACAGCAAAUUCUUUCUACUGUCGCAAGGACUGAGAGUUAUCUACGGGAACGUCGCAUCCCUGAACUAAUACGAUUUCUCUUGACCAAAAUGAUAGCUGACGCGUCUCCGAAACCGGUGUCUUAUUUACAAAAAUUACUUGAUGAUUGCAUGUUAUUUCGCGCAGGUCUUGGAUUGCCGCCGGUGAUAUAUGAACGCCGGCAUUUGGAAGCUGUAGUAAAAAGCUUCGAUCCAGGUCAGCGUGGGUGGUUAAGCCCCGGUCAAGUAAAAAGAGCUUUUAUUACGUUGGGUUUGCCACCAAGAGAAAUAACCGAGGAAAAACUUCCCACCGAAGAAGUUUUAAACGAGUUGGAAGCGGUUCAAGAAAGAGAACUGUACCAUUUAGUGACAGCUGGGUCUGACCGAGAAGAAGAGUCAUCUAGCAUAACUGCUUCAAGUAGUCAAACUCGUACAUAUGGAAUUUGCAUACAUCUGUGCUUUCUUUUUUCUAUAUUUGACAUAUACUUUAAAUCUCCGAUAGUUAAACAUGUGUCUCCAUUUAAACCGACUCACGAAGCUGUUGCGGACAGGUUGGUCCUUUUUGUGGUGGAUGGACUGCGAGCUGAGUCAUUUGUCAACUAUACAACUAUGCCUUAUCUAAGGUCGCGUGCAAAUUCAAAUGGAAGAUGGGGUAUUUCUCACACUCGCGUGCCUACAGAAUCUCGCCCAGGGCAUGUAGCUGUUAUAGCAGGAUUUUAUGAAGAUCCAUCAGCUAUUGCCAAGGGUUGGAAAGAAAAUCCAGUUGAUUUUGACUCUGUCUUCAAUCAAACAACUUAUACUUGGUGCUGGGGCACAUAUGACAUUAUAGACAUUUUUACGAAAGGCAGUAUUGAUAAUCACAUCUUUGUUAAAAAGUUUGACCCUUAUGAUCAAAAUUUUAGUACAGACAAAAAUACAACAUUAUUGGAUGACUGGGUUUUUCAGAAUGUUAAAGAGUUUUUUAACAGUGCCAAGUAUGAUAAUAGUGUAAUGGAGAAGCUGAAGGGAAAAAAAAUUGCUUUCUUUUUACAUUUACUGGGAACUGAUACUUCAGGCCACACACAUAAACCAAAAACUCAGAACUUUUUAACAACUUUGAGAUUUGUUGAUGAGGGCAUCCAAGAAAUUGAGCAAGUCAUAAGAGAUUUUUAUGAAGAUGAUGGUAAAACAACAUUCCUAAUGACUUCUGAUCAUGGCAUGACUGAUUGGGGAUCACAUGGGGCAGGUGAUGAUCAUGAAACUCAGACUCCAUAUGUUAUCUGGGGGGCUGGAGUAAAACAAGCAACCCAGGGCCAGAUUGAUCCCAACUCCAACAAAAUGUCGCUAGAGCAUAGACUUGAUAUCACACAAGCAGAUUUAGCACCUUUAAUGUCUACUAUUCUGUCUAUUCCAGUUCCAGUUAACUCUAUAGGCCAAUUAACAACUGAUCUCCUAGAUAUGUCCUUAGAAAAUAGAGCUAAAGCUGUCUACAGCAACAGCAGACAAUUAGCUUCACAAUAUGACAAGAAAAGAGCAGACAUUGAAGCCUAUGUCAUACCAUUGUUAUAUCAACCAUUUGAACCAUUUACCAAGAGAAAAUAUAAUCAGUUGAUUGAAUUCACUGAGAAACUUUUAUUAAAUGAAGAAUAUGAAAAACUGAUAUUAUUCAGUGAGGAAAUUAUGGACUUGAGCCUGUCAGGAUUAACUUACUAUCAUAAUUAUUACCAAAGACCUUUAUUAGUACUAGUCACAUUAUCAUUUAUUGGAUGGAUAGUAUGCUUAUUAAAAGCGCUGUCGGAACAAAAUAUUGAUGCUCAAGCAGAACAUUCCAAUACUAACAAAGAUAUUAUAAUUAAUAGGAAUUUAACUUAUAAUUAUGUUAAUAUUUUAUUUUUAAUUCUGUUUGUAAUAUCUAAUCUACUUGUAUAUGUACAAAACUUGCCAGUACAGUAUUAUUUGUACUUACUAUUGCCUAUUUGUAUGUGGUGGUAUGCUCUCUCAAGUCCUGGAACCUGGGCCCAAACCUUUAGGCAACUUAGAAUGAACCAAAGUGCAUUUACAAUGGUGAUGGAAGUAUUUUGUUAUAGUACAGGAUCUUUGGCAUUGGGGCUGUCAUUUACUUAUAGGUGGAUGCUAAGCAUACCAUUGUUAGGAAUGGGUUUAUGGCCAUUCUUGUCCUCAACUAGAGCCCAUUUAACAAAGCCAAUACUUGUGGCUUGGCCUACAACUUGCCUAUUACUCUGUUUAUUUUCAUUUAUGCCUGUAGUUGGCAAAGAAGUUUUUAUACAGUUAGUUGUUACAGCAGGAGUUAUUUGGCUGUUUGUGAUAGCAUUAUAUCUGCAGAGAGUUUUAUUGUCUUUAUUUCGUAAUAAUACAGAGAACAAAAGAGAAAUUGUAUUGACUGUGGUCCAAAUGAUAUUGUUAAUAUUAUCUCUUCAAAAUAUUUAUGUACAGUCAAGAAGGUUUGAACAAGGUACUCCAGUUUCCUAUGUGUAUCAGACUAUGGCUUGGGGAAUUGCAGGUGCAUCAUUUAUCUUACCACUUGUCCACUCCAGAAGAUUGAUGUGCAGAUUGUUAGCUGUUAACACUUCACUGUUGAAUUUCUAUAUAUUGCUCUCAGUGGCACAUGAAGGCCUAUUCAUGGUUACACUGAUGUUCAAUGUUACUUGCUGGAUAUAUAUCGAAUUCAAAUUGCUUCAUCUAAAAAAUGUGAAGAUCACAGAGUGUUCAUUCGAUAAAGACACAUUCAGGGAGACAUCGAAAAGUUUCACAACUAUUGAAAGAAGCAUAAGCAAUCAGGAUUUUAGAAGAGCAUUCUUUUUUAUAACAUACAUUAUUUUAGCCUUUUUCGGCACUGGAAAUAUAGCCUCUCUGAAUUCAUUUGAAGUGAGAUGGGUGACAUGUUUCAUAACAUCAUUCCAGCCAUUUGUAAUCACUGGACUGAUACUUUUGAAAACAUUAUCGCCCUUUUUGAGUGUAGCAUGCGCUCUUAGAGCAGUACAACAUCUCACAAAGGCGCCAGUAGGAUAUCUGAACAUGAUAGUGCUCAUCUACUCAAACAUAAUGGGAAUCCAAUUGCUCUACAAUGUCAAAAACACAGGAAGUUGGUUAGAGAUUGGCACAUCAAUAUCACAAUUUGUCAUAGUACAAGUAAUUACAUUAUUUAUUGUUUUAAUUAAUCAAAUUGCAAGGCUGCUGACUGAUGUUAGUAUUUAUAGUAUUGCUAAUAAUAUUUUUAGAACUAGAAAAAAAUAUGUUUAAAAAACUACAA